AAAUUGCACAAAUGUCAAAAAAAAAGUUCAAGAACUCUCAGAAAUGAAUGUUGUGUACGCAAUUUAUUAAAUUUUAUUUAAAACUAUAAUUUGUCGACAUUGUUUUCAAUGGAAUGAAACCAAUUGAUUUAAAUUCACAAUUAGAAAAUAUUGGUAGUGCUAAAGAAAUAAUCACAAUUAGCCAUGAAGGGCUAAAAUGUGAGCAAAUAGCUGCUAACUUUGACCAGUCCAAUCAAAACAGAAUGGUUGUCACUGCUAAUGAAAUUCGUGGAAACGCUGCCGCCGCCGCUGCCUCUUUACACAUGGAAACCUUUAUCACAAGUACAGCCUUCAAUAUUGAAGCAACUGACAAUUUAGCGCAUUUAAAAGUCGAUGUCGAGAGUAGUGAAUUCUUUACGGGCAAUUUUGAGCCUUCCGCCGAUGCCAAUCGACUUCCUCGAACAAUAACAACAAAUUCGGCUGAUUUACAAGGUCGAUUCGAUGGCUCCGAGAGUAGCGAGAAUAAUUGCAUGUGUCCUGAAGUAUUUCCAAUUCGUUGCAAGACUACGAAUGCUGAAUUGCAUAGGAAUAAGUUGGGUUCGGGUGCGAGAGGGGAAUGUAUUAAAUACAAAGAAAAAUGGUUCACUCCAAGUGAAUUUGAAAUAUUUUGCGGUCGAGGAUCGAGCAAGGAUUGGAAGAGAUCUAUUAAAUAUGGUGGACGGAGUUUGCAGUCGCUGAUUGAUGAUGGACUGCUGAGGCCGCAUGCAACAAAUUGCAGUUGCAAUGUUUGUUGUGAUGAUAUUACUGGUUCUGGUCCAGUCAGAUUGUUUACUCCAUACAAGCGAAGGAAAAGGAAUAGAAACAGUGAGAGAAAUGAUGGAGGCGGAAUUCAAAGCAGAGCUUCCGAAUUACAGGUCAAAACGAAUGAUAAUUGCGGAAGUUAUACAGCAAGUGAUGGCUCAUGCAAUACCAUAACUAACCACGAUAUUUUCCUUGAUCCAAGAAAUCAUAAUUCAUUAGGUCUUCAUUUCAAUCACCAAAUGCUGAACAAUUUAGAAAACAUUUGUUCAACAAUGACCAAAGCAACAAAUGAUUUCAAAAGAAUUAUUGCUGAAAUGCAAAGUGCAUAUGAUAAAACAAUCGAUUUACUAACAAAACAAAAAACCAUACUCCAAACAAAUUCCAAGCCUGAUUCUUCCAUGUCGAUGGAUCAAAAUAAUGUUUCAGGAUCUUUGUUAAGCAAUGAUUUGUUAUCAACGAAAAAGUGUGCAAAUUGUAAUCGAGAAGCUUUGGCUGAAUGUUCUUUGUGCAGAAAAACUCCAUAUUGUUCGAUAUUUUGCCAGAAAAAAGAUUGGAAUUCGCAUCAAGUUGAAUGCGGUCGAAAUCCAUUGGAGACAGCCGAUCAAAUAAUGCUACUUGUCGAUGAGCAAGUAUAAUUUAAACAACAAGAUAAUGCGCAUGUAUGUGCAGGUGUGCACCAAAAUAAAUAAUCUAAUUUUGUGCACUUAACAACAACAAACAACCAUUAUGUUUAAUUUAAUCAGUUUUAUUGUAGUUAUAAUCAAACAAAAUUAUUUUUAAGCAAAACAGAGUUUUCCUUUUUUUCUAAUAAAUCUAAAAUAUAUAUCGUUAAGGCUA